AUGUCCUGUACAGCAUAUGAAAAUCAGUUGUUUUUCAUGAUUUGUUUAAAAAUGACUAAUAAUAAUUUGUAUUAAUUGUGUUCUAUGUGUUCAAAGCAUAUUAAUCUGUCUUACUUUACCCUGACACACUUAUUUACUCCAGUACUCCACACACUUUCAGCAUGUGUUAUUUUCUCACAUUUUGCAUUGCAUGCUAAAGGCUUAUCAUUAUCACACUUUCAUUUAUGAGCAUAGAACUUUGACCCACUGCACAAGAUAGUUCUCAUUGGUCAAGACUUGGACUGAGCUCUCUCUCUCUCUCUCUCUCUCUCUCUCUCUCUCUCUCUCUCUCUCUCUCUCUCUCUCUCUCUCUCUCUCUUUCUCGGAUCUGUGCCAAUCACUCUCAGACUCUUAGCUGUAUGCGGGUAACAUGAAUAAAGUGUGGGCCUUAUUCAGAUCCUAUCCAUACAUUAGUAAUGUGGUGGGCUAUACAACUUUGUUUGCCACUGCAGACUUGAUUCAGCAAAGCACACUGAGAGGUACAAGUGGUCCAAGCAAUCAGAUGAGUGAGGAAAUUUCUCGACAGGCGGCAUCAGUGACAACCAGAGAGGAAGGAGCUACAGCUCACCUCAAGGACUCUGAAUGGAGCAUGCAUUCAGCAGGAGAAAAGGAUUCGUCAGUAAUGGUGACAAAUGUUCCAAUGCACAGUGUUGACUGGAGCCAAACUUUACGAGUAGCAUUGGUGGGGUUAUGUUUUCAUUCCAACUUCAACUACCACUGGCUACGUGCAUUAGAGAAGAGGUUUCCUGGGGGAGGGGCCAAAAUAAUAUUUGCAAAAGUCUUUCUGGACCAGUUAGUUGCUGCUCCUGCAACAAUAAGUGCCUUUUAUAUAGGGUUGAGCACCUUAGAAGGGCGAGAUGACCCCUUGGAAGACUGGAAAAAUAAAUUCUGGGUUUCCUACAAGACUGGACUUGUCUACUGGUCUAUAAUGCAGGCGGUAAAUUUCACUCUGGUUCCCCCAAUAGCACGCACAGUUUUUGUUGGGGGAAUCUCUCUCGGCUGGACUGUCUUUCUGUGUCAUUUUCGACAACAAAAGAAUGAAUCUCAUUCCAUUUUCCCUUCAUAGCAUACAUUAAUUAUGUACAAUUAAAUAAAAACUAGUCUGAUGCCCUUAA